UACUUUUCCGUGAACCACGAUGUUUGUGCGCUAUUCUACCGGCAAUGAGGAGGGAAAGAAAAUCCAGCGACUGGUCUCGUCAUAUUCAUUCAUACAGCAGCUGGACGCGAUUUUCCCGGCCCACGAUGGACUCGAAAACGCGCUUCUCUGUCUUGAAACUCAGUACGCGAGAGGAAAAAUGACAAUCUCCGACAUUAUUGCAUCUGGAAAGGAUCUGGGACUGGAAAGUAACCUCACAAUCUUAAGCGCCGACUUCGACGACGACGACGUAUGGUGCAUCGAUCCUCGCGGAAUCCUCACGCUCUGCGUAGCAAAAGACACGUACGAAACUCUCGGGAUUGUUGGAAAAAAGGUGGUAUUGGGAUACGGGAGGAAGCAUCCCCACCAGGACCGGCAUGUCAUACAUAUUCCUCUCCAGGCCAACACGGAAUCCAAGGGUAAUACGAAGCGUAGAAAUGAAUCAUUGAAGGCCUGGGAUAGUAGAAGGGGCCCGUGGAGCAUCCUUUGUACGUCGAAAGACCCAGCUAAGCUGACGCACCUGGGCACCGUGUGUCCAGUAAAAUGCCAGAAGAUGAGCAUGAACGAUGUGCAUAUACCUGUUGUCGACCUACGCCCUCGACCGGAUGGGAGUCAGGACGAGAUCGACGACUGGAAUGACAGUCUUCACAGUCUGUUUGAGUGGGUGGGUAUGGUUGGCCUAGGUGCCCAGAGACUACAAGUCAACGACCGUGUUGACCCCCACGUAGCACUCUACGAACCACCUAGCCCGUCCAACAUCGGCAAUAUCACGCACCUUCGCUGGCGGGGCUUCCUCGGUCCCGAUUUUGUCCAGUCUAUUAUCGACUGCAUCAUGAAAAUCUCUUUGCCCCAAUUCGUAUCUAUAACCUCACACAGUUGGUCGUAUACGCCGGUACCACACCUUCCCCAGUCUGCAUUCACCCCUUCGGACUCUGGGGCUGAAUUUGUCGCUCCGAUUGUGGAUCCGACAAAGCGGUCGGGAGAUACAUGGUCAUUGAUCUUUGUUCCGGACCGAAAGGCGGAAUCGUUGGCAUGGGUCGUCGCUGAAACAACGAACUGAUCAGUGCUGGCUUAUUACACUACUGCCUACUUAUUCGAGCAUCCCAAGUCGGAUCUUACGCAUGCGACGGAUGCGUUCGCGAGAUUCUUUCAGUCACCAAAGCACUGGAUGGAGCUACCCACUAUUUAGUAUCUGCAUCGGAUAGAUCGAGACGACUUGUAUGGGAAGUACUGCCAUGGUAUUACGGAUGAUCAGCUCUCACUGGAGGAUGGUAAAAGUCAAAUUUCGAGAUAAAAUAGUGUAUUCGUAUAGAGUCAGAUGGACCACGCGUCUGUUCCUGAUUUAUGUCACUGUGGUCACCGUAGAGGGUAAAAUCGUGGUCAUGG